UAUAUUUCGUUCAAAACAAAAUUUUAAACUGAAGUAACCAAUAUGUCAGCGCCCAAUCACUCACAUGAAUAUUGAAGGAUUGGUAAAAAUACACUCGUCCUAUUAUUAUUCAUGUUAACAUUUUAUAUAGAAUUAUACGAACAUGGCCAAGACAACACCAGUGUCAAAGCAUGAGUUGUUUGUAACUGAUCUAGAUUUCUGUCCAAGAUGUGGGACUGUUUUGCCUUUACCUGGCACAGAAGAAGUUGUUACAUGUAAACUGUGCUUUUUCCAAAAUGAUGUUAGAGAUUUUGAUGGAGUAGAGAUACAUACAAUGAAAGAGUUCAACAAACCAGAAAUAUUCUUGAAAAAAACUGAGGAUGCAGAGUCACAGCUUAAAGGCCCUACGGUUGAUAGAAAAUGUGCUAAAUGUGGACACGAGGAAAUGAUUUACACAACCAGACAGACGAGGUCGGCAGACGAAGGGCAGACUGUUUUCUUUACCUGUCCUGAAUGCAGAUUUCAAGAGAUCGAGUAUUCCUGAGACGGGGAACUACUUUCUUACCUUCUUCAUAUCUGGUUGUCAUAAUGAUCAUAUCUGGUUGUCAUAAUGAUCAUAUCUGGUUGCGAUGGUGAUCAUAUCUGGUUGCCAUGGUGAUCAUAUCUGGUUGUCAUGGCGAUCAUAUCUGGUAGCCAUUGUGAUUAUAUUUGGUUGUCAUGGCGAUCAUAUCUGGU